GAGCGGCUUUGCUUGUUCCCAAAACUUCGCUACGUGCUGAUCGCUAUGGGGGACUUUGAUCCCACCGACUAUGACGGCGCGAACAUCGACCCGCUGAAUCCGGAGGAGGAGGCAGAAGCGCCCAAAGGCCCACAGGAUGUGCAGCAGUUGAAGGAUGCAGUACUCUUCGUGAUCGAUUGCUCGGCCUCUUCCUUGGAGCCGCUGCGCCCCAACGGCCGAUGCCUCAUGGCAGAGGCGCUGGCGACGGCGGCGGGAGUGCUGAAGACCAAAGUCAUCACGGCUCCAGAAGACAAAGUGGGAGUGCUUCUCUUUGGCGUCCGGGAGAAGCAGAAUCCCAACAACUUCGAGGGCAUCCGACUGCUGCAUGACUUGGACCGCCCCACAGCGCAUCGCAUCAAGCAGUUGGAGGAAGAGGCCAAGCGCCCGCCCAAGCAGAUGGAGGAGAGAUACGGCUGCGGCAGGGCGGUGCCGGUGUCGGAUGUCUUCUGGACCUCCACCACCAUUUUCAACCUGGGGGCAAACCAGUCGCAGUUCGACUGCCGGAUCUUCCUCUUUACCUGCAACGACUCGCCGGCAGCGCCGGCGGACGAGGUGCAAGCAGCACGGACUCGCGUCCAGGACCUGAUGGACAUGGGGGUUGAGAUCGAGUUCUUUCCUCUCAGGUUUGAAGACAAGGACUUCGCCAUCGACCGGUUCUGGGGGAAUCUGCUCCCGGUGGACGAGGCGGACUAUGUAGACCGAACCGCGCUGCGAUUGGAGCAGCUGGAGCGGCGGAUCCGCAUGCGAAUCCACCGAAAGAGGACCUUGCAGCGCCUGGCUUUCUACGUUUGCCCAGGCCUAGAGGCCUCCGUCUCGGUCUUCGUCACCAUGCUGGAGGCCAAGGUGCCUGCGCCGGUCUAUCUGCUCAACGAAAACAACAAGCCCUUGAAGGCGGAGACGAAGCAGAUCUGCGAGCAGACCGGUGCUUUGCUGCACCCAGUGGAUGACAUCGCCACUUACGUGGAGGUGGCCAACAGCCGGGUCUUCGUGAGCCGCGGCGAAGCCAUGGAGGCGAAGCACCUGGCAGACCCGGGGAUCCGGCUCAUGGGCUUCAAGCCGCAGAGCUGCCUCAAGGACCACCACCGCAUCUUCCACGCGUACUUCGUGUACCCCAAUGAGAAGGCCGUGCAAGGCUCUGCCGCUCUCCUCUCCGCCUUGCUCCGCGUGCUGCUGGACCGCAAGCUCUUGGCGCUCUGCAGCUACGUGGCGCGGAAGAACAGCGAGCCGGUGCUGGUGGCGCUGCUGCCGCAGGCGGAGGUCGAGGAGGAGGGCGAGCAGCUCCGGCCCCCAGGCUUUCACAUGAUCCGUUUGCCCUGGGCGGAGGAGAUCCGAUCUUUGAGCUUUCCGUUGCCCGAGGGCAUUCCGGAGAUUCCGGAUCAGCUGAAGGCUGCGGCGCGCGACGUGGUGGAAGGCCUUCGCCUCGACGACUUUGCCCCGGGCUGCGCGGAGAACCCGGUGCUGCAGCGCCACUACGCGGCCGUGCAGGCCCUGGCGCUGGCAGAAGAGCAGCCCGAGGAGACGCUGGACGUGCUGCAGCCGGACGGCGCCACCUUGGAGAAGAAGGCGCCGCUGCUGAAGGCCUGGAAGGAGGCCAUCAACGCCUGCGCGCCCGCGCGGCUCCCGAAACGCGCCGCUGGCGGCGGCUUCGAGGGGGAGCCGGCGAAGCGGCCGAAGAAGGAGGUGCCAGUGCCAGAAGGGGUGGAGGCCAUGCGCGCCCUCGUUCACUCAGGGGACGCGGAGCGGCUGACGGUGGCGGUGCUGAAAGAUUGGCUGAAGAGCCAAGGGGUGGUGAACACCGGCAAGAAGCAGGACUUGCUGGACCGCGUCCGCAGCCUCGUUUGAGAGUUGCAGUGGCUCCAGUGACGCUUUGAAUCCCCCCAUUUGGGCAGGUGGGCGGGGGGGA